CUCUCUCUCCGAGGGGGGGGGUCCCGGGGAGGGAGGGGGGGUCCCCCGAUCAGCAUGUGGCUCCUGGCGCUGUGUCUGGUGGGGCUGGCAGGGGCUCAACGGGGGGGAGGGGGUCCUGGCGGCUCCCCGGGUGGCCCGGGCCUGGGCCUCAGCAGCCUCGGGGAGGAGCGCUUCCCAGUGGUGAACACGGCCUAUGGGCGAGUGCGCGGCGUGCGCCGUGAGCUCAACAACGAGAUCCUGGGCCCCGUCGUGCAGUUUUUGGGCGUACCCUACGCCACGCCACCCUUGGGCGCCCGCCGCUUCCAGCCGCCCGAGGCCCCCGCCUCGUGGCCCGGCGUGCGCAACGCCACCACCCUGCCGCCCGCCUGCCCGCAGAACCUGCACGGGGCGCUGCCCGCAAUCAUGCUGCCUGUGUGGUUCACCGACAACUUGGAGGCGGCCGCCACCUACGUGCAGAACCAGAGCGAGGACUGCCUGUAUCUGAACCUCUACGUGCCCACCGAGGACGGUCCGCUCACAAAAAAACGUGACGAGGCGACGCUCAAUCCGCCGGACACAGAUAUCCGGGACUCUGGGAAGAAGCCCGUGAUGCUGUUUCUGCACGGCGGCUCCUACAUGGAGGGCACCGGCAACAUGUUCGACGGCUCCGUCCUGGCCGCCUAUGGGAACGUCAUUGUAGCCACGCUCAACUACCGACUUGGGGUGCUCGGUUUUCUCAGCACCGGGGACCAGGCUGCGAAAGGGAACUACGGCCUCCUGGACCAGAUCCAGGCCCUGCGCUGGCUCAGCGAAAACGUUGCCCACUUUGGGGGUGACCCCGAGCGCAUCACCAUCUUUGGAUCUGGAGCGGGGGCCUCCUGUGUCAACCUUCUGAUCCUCUCUCACCAUUCGGAAGGGUUGUUCCAGAAGGCCAUCGCCCAGAGCGGCACCGCCAUCUCCAGCUGGUCGGUCAACUACCAGCCGCUCAAGUACACGCGGCUGCUGGCGGCCAAGGUGGGCUGCGACCGCGAGGACAGCGCCGAGGCCGUGGAGUGUCUGCGCCGGAAGCCUUCCCGGGAGCUGGUGGACCAGGAUGUGCAGCCCGCCCGCUACCACAUCGCCUUCGGGCCCGUGGUGGACGGUGACGUCGUCCCCGAUGACCCUGAGAUCCUCAUGCAGCAGGGAGAAUUCCUCAACUAUGACAUGCUCAUUGGUGUCAACCAAGGAGAAGGCCUCAAGUUCGUAGAGGACUCGGCGGAGAGCGAGGACGGCGUCUCCGCCAGCGCCUUUGACUUCACCGUCUCCAACUUCGUGGACAACCUGUAUGGCUAUCCGGAGGGCAAGGAUGUGCUUCGAGAGACCAUCAAGUUCAUGUACACGGACUGGGCCGACCGGGACAACGGCGAGAUGCGCCGAAAGACGCUGCUCGCGCUCUUUACAGACCACCAGUGGGUGGCGCCGGCCGUGGCCACCGCCAAGCUGCACGCUGACUACCAGUCCCCGGUCUACUUUUAUACCUUCUACCACCACUGCCAGGCGGAGGGCCGGCCCGAGUGGGCGGACGCAGCGCACGGGGACGAACUACCCUACGUCUUCGGCGUGCCCAUGGUGGGCGCCACCGACCUCUUCCCCUGCAACUUCUCCAAGAAUGACGUCAUGCUCAGCGCCGUGGUCAUGACCUACUGGACCAACUUCGCCAAGACCGGCGACCCCAACCAGCCGGUGCCGCAGGACACCAAGUUCAUCCACACCAAGCCCAACCGCUUCGAGGAGGUCGUGUGGAGUAAGUUCAACAGCAAGGAGAAGCAGUACCUGCACAUCGGCCUGAAGCCGCGCGUGCGCGACAACUACCGCGCCAACAAGGUGGCCUUCUGGCUGGAGCUCGUGCCGCACCUGCACAACCUGCACACGGAGCUCUUCACCACCACCACGCGCCUGCCGCCCUACGCCACGCGCUGGCCGCCGCGUCCCCCGCCCGGCGCCCCGGGCACCCGCCGGCCCCCGCCGCCCGCCACGCUGCCGCCCGAGCCCGAGCCCGAGCCGGGGCCCCGGGCCUACGACCGCUUCCCCGGGGACUCCCGAGACUACUCCACGGAGCUCAGCGUCACGGUGGCCGUGGGCGCCUCGCUCCUCUUCCUCAACAUCCUCGCCUUCGCCGCGCUCUACUACAAGCGGGACCGGCGGCAGGAGCUGCGGUGCCGGCGGCUCAGCCCCCCGGGCGGCUCGGGCUCCGGCGUGCCGGGAGGGGGCGCCCUGCUGCCCGCCGCCGGCCGCGAGCUGCCGCCCGAGGAGGAGCUCGUGUCGCUGCAGCUGAAGCGGGCGGGCGGCGUCGGGGCGGACCCCGCCGAGGCCCUGCGCCCCGCCUGCCCGCCCGACUACACCCUGGCCCUGCGCCGGGCGCCGGACGACGUGCCUCUGCUGGCCCCCGGGGCCCUGACCCUGCUGCCCAGCGGCCUGGGGCCCCCGCCGCCGCCGCCGCCCCCCUCCCUCCACCCCUUCGGGCCCUUCCCCCCGCCGCCCCCCACCGCUACCAGCCACAACAACACGCUACCGCACCCCCACUCCACCACUCGGGUAUAGGGGGCGGCGGGGGGAGGCCCUCCUCCUCCCCAGCCGUCCCCCCACCCCCAGCAACCCCCCACCCCCCACCCCCCCGCCGGCGGGCAGUGCCGCUCGGGAGGCAGGGAGGACCGCUCGGCGGGCGACAGGCUUUUCCUGCGCGGGGAGUGGCGGGGGCGGGGAGAGGGGGGCGUCACGCGCGGAGGAGCAUGAGGUGGACACGGGUUUUCCUCGCCAGGAUGCCGAGAGGCCCUUUCUCUUCUCUGGACCUGGGCCUCGGAACAACUCGGGGGGGGCGUUUCGUCCCCUCCAUUGGGACACCAGUCUUAGGUGUGCGGAAACGUGGAAGUAUUUUCCCACGUGGAGGUGUGCUUUCUCACGAGGGGGUGCGUUUUGCCAUGUGCAGGGUGAGGUUUUUUUUUUGCCGCCCUGGACACAUGUUGGCCCCCUCGAAGAGUUUCUGCGGGGAUUUGUACCCCAGAAUCCCGUUCCCUCCUGCCUUCUCCCACCUCCUCCCCUCCCCCACCCCAUGGAGACCCUGGAAAUGGCGUGUUCACGGACCCGUGACCCUUGGCCGCCGGACAGACGCAGCAGGGUGGUGCCUGGGAAGCAGCGAGGAAAUCACAGUCCCCCCGCCCACCCCCACCCCGGCUCCCUGCCCCACCCCCCUCUGCCCCAGCCAAGCAUGUUUAUUCCCCCCACCCCUGGCAUAUGUCAGAUGAAGCACGUUCUCUGGGUGGGCCUGGCCUUCGCAGACGACAGACACAGAUUCCCUGCCAGGGGGAGGGAGGGAGGGAGGAGAUCCGUGCACCCCCGUGCUCCCUGGGGAACUUGUUUCCCCACGGGCCCGGGACACAUUUCUCUGGGUGGAAACGCCUUCUUGCAUGUGGAUGUGUGUGUUCCCAUGCGGACGGCCCCCGGCUCUCCGGCGCUCCUUGGCCUCCCUGCCAGGUCCAAGAAGGCCUAGCGCCCCGUUCCUCCCCACCGGGCAGGUGGGGACAGACUCCCGACAGACAGAAGCUGGGGGUGGGGGUGGGGGGAUGUACAACUCCUGGGGGCAGAGCUC